AUGACGACGCCUGGGUACCUUGAUACUUUGAACGCUUACAAGGGGGUGCGGUCAUCGCUCACGGGUCUGCUAGGGCUUCCCAUCAGCUCUGUGCUGGUGUCGGGAUCGAGCGCUGGUGGCUACCUGGCCCUGACAACGGCAAGCCUCGCAGGAGAGAAGCCGGACGCUCUUUUACUGAUCUAUGGGAUGCUGGACUCCGCCAACUCACGAUACACGACCCUAGGACCCAACAUCUUUGGGCAGCCUGCAAUCGAGACGGAGCCAGUGCUGCGCGAGUUUCCCAAACCUAGAGGAAAGGACGAGACGAGGGAGAGGAUCUCGGCAUACGCCAUGCCUCCAGUCGUAGCCAGGGAUCGCCAAUAUGCCUUGGUCUCUGCGCUUCACAUUGAGGGCCUCUUUGUAGACUACCUGACAAGCGUCGACGGCCUCGCUCGCGCUAUUGCCGACAGACGAGUUGAGACGAUACCCGAGGAGCACCGACGCCUGUUUCCCUUGUCGUUCGAUAGGCUGGCCAACCAACAUGCCUCGCACACUGUUGCUGCACGGAUUAAAUGGCUUGACCAUCCCAGCCAAGUGCAGUCUGAAAGCUGCGCGGAGAGGCUGGGUGCCGAGGCGUCCGUGGAGUUCCCCGAUGAUGCAGAGCCCGGAUUUGAUGUGCGUGCUGGGAAUGUGAACGUUGAGGGUGCCAAAGGCGACAGCGUCAUUACCGUGGAAAGCCUGAGAAGUGCCAUUCGUUUCCUACAAGCCGCUGAAUAG